GCAAGACAACAAAGCGGCAGCAAGCUCGCCAGCGUAAAAACCACAGGAGUAUUAUGGUCUGUGCAUCUUGCAGGUGUUCACAGAGGGAGAGAAGUGAGCAGUAGUUUCAAGAAGAGCUUUAAAAGAUGAGCGACUCACUCGAGAAGACGACAGAGGGCCCUUUGUUGGAAGACGCGGGCUCGGAGAGUGGCAGCGAGUACCACUGGGAAGAUGGAGGCCUGGCUAUGGAGCUGCAGAGAGGGAUGGAGAACUUACGAGUCAACCUGGAGCUCACUGAUGUGACGGUGUGCGUUCAAGGACAAGACUUCCCUUGCCACAGGGCCGUCCUCGCCGCGGCCAGUCAAUACUUCAGGGCCAUGUUCUGCAGUGGCUUGAAGGAGAGUCGUGACGAGAGGGUGGAAAUAAAAGGACUAGACAGCAGUGCAAUGCAGUCUCUCUUGCAGUAUACUUACACCAGCCAGGCGCUCCUCACUCAGGAAAAUGUGCAGAGAGUCCUGGAAGCAGCCUGUCAGUUCCAGUUUCUGCGUGUUGUGGAUGCAUGCGUUGGCUACCUGAGCAGAUCCCUUCAACCGGAGACUUGCAUCGGGAUCCUCAACAUUGCUGAACGCCAUGCCCUGCCUGCUCUGAAAGUCAAGGCUCAGGACUACCUCGUUUUCCACUUUUCCCAGACGGUCCAGCAGCAGGACUUCCCAGAAGUGUCGACGGAGUCGUUAGAGACCAUCCUGCAGAGGGACGAUCUGGACGUGAGGUACGAGGAGUGUGUUUUUGAGGCACUCAUGCAUUGGGUGAGGGCCCUGCAAGACGAACGGCGUCAUGUUCUGACCCGUUUGCUGUCGUACGUGCGGCUGCCGCUGUUAGAACCGGCAUACUUUGUGGAAAAAGUGGAGUCCGAUGAACUGAUCCGCAGCUGCAGUGACACCUUUCCUUUACUGCAAGAGGCCCGUUCAUUUCACCUUUCUGGAAGGGAGGUCAGUAUCUACACAAGGAAUACAACCGAUGGUGAUCUGAAGUAUGUGCAUCUUGUAGGUGGUGUCAGAACGAACCAAACCGCGCGCUCACCAUUUCCUCUCAGAGGUGUUCCUCAUCAUCGGAGGCUGCACCAAGGACGACCGCUUCAUUUCCACCGUCACUUGUUUGGACCCGCUCAGACGCAGCAGACUGGAGGUUGCUAG